AUGAGCAAAUUCCUGGACAUUCUGGAGCUUGGCUGCAUCCAGGAGGUGCAUGUGAACUCUGUCUGGCAACUCCCCACCCUGGCCAAGUUUGCUCCCUACCUGGGCCGGAUGAGCAGCCUUCACACAUUGUAUCUCUGCCACCUCUGGUUCCCAACCCCUAUCACCCUAGAGGGCAAGGUGCAGUUCAACUCACAUUUCAGCUCCAAGCUAGCCAAGCUGCCCCACCUUCGCAGCCUUCACAUGGACUCUGUCGACUUCCUGGAGGACAACCUGGACCAGGUGCUCAGGUGCCUGAAGAGCCCCCUGGAGACUCUCUCUGUAACGGCCUGCCAGCUCUCCGAAGCUGAUGUCCGCUAUCUGUCCCAGUGUCCAAAACUCAGCAAGCUCCAACACCUGCACCUGAGUGGUGUCCCACUGACCGACAUCAGCCCUGAGCCCCUUCGAGUUCUGCUGGAGGGAGUGGCAGCCACCCUCAUGACCCAGAACUUAAUGGACGGCAAGAUCAACAACUCCCAUCUCAAUGCCAUCUUGCCUGCCCUGAGCCAGUGCUACCAGCUCACCACCUUAAGUUUUUGGGGGAACAGAAUCUCCAUGGCCAUGAUGGAGGAGCUGGUAGAGCACAUGGGCAAGCUCAGUGCACUGAGAGUGGAGCAGUACCCAGCUCCCCUGGAGAGUUACAACAUCCAGGGCAUUGUCCAGCGGGAGAGGUUUUUCCAUCUCUGUACACAGCUGAUGGGCAUCCUGGAAAGAAUUAGAGAGCCUAAGAAUGUUGUGUUUGGCACAGACCGCUGCGGGAAUUGUGCACAACGGAUGGUGUUUGGCAAUAAUCACUGUAAUUGGUGUGAAUGCCAGCUCCUGGACUAA